UAUUAUCAAAUUGCUCGAAUUUCUUGCCUCAUUCGGAGACAAGGGCUGUUGUAACGAAGCAAGCUGUAUCUAAUUUGUCAGUUCAUUUAUCUGCAACAGAGCCACCGACUCGGCCGCAGCACGGAGAAGAAGUUAGGAGUUAGAAGUUAGACGGAGCGAGGCAACCACUUAGGACGUCUUUGAAGUGGGAUUAGCUCAUCAUUCCAAGGUGCAUUCCUAGAUGGCAGCUGUUAAAACGGGCACGGACCCUAAGAGGAGGGACGACUUCCUAGACACGAUGGAGGAGGAGAUGCGCCGAGUCUCUGAGCACCUGGAGCGUCGCGAGAGGCGCCUGGGGCUCAAGUCUCGCCGCAGCAACGCAGGCGAAAUCAUCAACGGCUACAGUUUCUCCGAAGGGAGCGGCGCAGAGGCUGGCGCUCGCCGGAGGAGGAUCAACCAUUACCCGCGGACGUGGAAACGGAACGAGGAAGAGGAGAGGAGCUGGACCAGCAGUCCAGACACCCGGAGUCCGUCUCCCGGCCCGCGCAGCGCACCGCCUGACAGCUCCCCGCCGCCUCGUUUCAGCGAGCAGCUGCCUCUCACGUCGAGUGCCUCGUCAGAGAGCGGCAGUCCUGGCACUAGGUCCACCCCCGAGCGCUGGGCUAGCCAGAGGAACGGGCGAAGGUCGGGCAGCUCCGGGGAAGAUGUGAAAACGGCUGAGGAACCGAGAAAAUACUACGUAACCACUGGCAACCGCGACCGUCGCUCGACGUCUGGCAGUCCUUUACGCUCUCCGCCUCCAGUAGCUCCGAAGCCUAAGUCCAGAAAUAGCCCUGGGCCGCACAGACCUCGAGCUGGCUCUGCGCCCCCGCCCCACCGUCCUUCCCUCAUCGUCAGCACAGCAAGGGAGAGGAGAGAGGAGAAAGAGAAGGUGGAGGAAACGGCUGCAGCUGUGGAGGAAUCUGCAGAGUUACUGGAAAGUGGGCCGACGCCAGUCCCGAUUGAGAUAUCGGAGCAACUCAAUUCCCCGUCGCUCACACCCGAACCCUCGGAACCACUGCUAGUAGUCCACCAGACGACGCGGGAACUCAGUGGCACACCAGAGAGUGGGUGCAGUACCCUCUCCCCUACUCCCAUAUCAUCUCUGGAGGUUAGCGAGACGAGGAGAAAAGAGGCAGCAAGUCCCGGGAUCAUAGAGAUCUCAGGCCACUUCUCGUUUGGAAAGAAGAGAACGAUGGAGCGGAGGAGUGAAGAGGGAGAGGGGAGGGAAGGGGGGCUGGAAAGUGUCGUGGAAGAAGAGGAAGAGUUGAAGGAAGAAGUGGAGAGUGCUCUACUUGAAGCCAUGAUGGAGGGAGAGGAAGAAGAAGGGGAGUGUGUGAAAGAGGAAACGCAUCUUGAACGAUCCACCGACUCACUAACUGAAACUGCAGAAGAAUUAGCCCCCUGGGGGUCAAAUGAUGACAUCACUCUUGAAAAUCAAACACCCCAGGAGCCCGGAAGAGAGUUAACACUGGACCCCCAAGGUUUGGAGGUGAAAACACUGCCACUAAUGUCCCCAGCGAGAGGUCAAAAGGUGAGCCCUGGGCAGCAGCGGCGGAACCAGGAGCUGGCGUUGGCAGUGAAGGAGCUCCAGCUGCAACUGAGGGAGAAGGAGGAGGAGAUGGGGCGACAGAGAAGGACGGCGGAGAGAGAGGCGAGGGAGAGGGAGGAGCAGGUCGACAGGUUGGAGAGAGAAGCCCAGCGGUGGGAGAAAGAGAAGUGGGAGCUACUGAAGAGGGCCAGGGAUGGCGCAGAGCGAGCUCUCCACCUGCAGACCCAGCUGGGAGUCAAGGAAACCCAGCUGAGGUCGCUGCAGGCUGACCUUGGUCGCACAAGAGAUGAAAUGAUGUCAGUGAAGAGUGCCAACACCAGUCUGAGGGCUCUGCUCAGUGAGCUGCGAGCUCCGAAACCCACCAAGGAAGUGGGGGUGCAGGCUAGUCUGGGCCCAGGGACCCUGAGAAGAAACACUAGCAUGGAGUUGGCGGUGCAGGAGUUACCACGACCCUCCAGUAGCGAUAUGGAGAGGGGUGUCGACUUUAGAGCAUCCACGACGAACCUGGACAGAGGGGUGAACCACAGGAUAUCAAACUGCAGUGCCAUGAGCGAGGGAUGGUCCAUGACGCAGGGGGCGUGGGACCGGAGCAGCGAGCGGUGGGGUAGAGAGCAGAGCGUCACAAGUGUGACGUCGUCUGUGUACGAGCGAGGCAGCCGGGAGGGGACACCGACACAGAGUCCCAACUCCAGCCAGAGAGGGAAGAAGAAGAAGAGAGGGCCAUUGUUUGGGAAGCUGAGAAAGAGUGCAGGGAAAAGAGGCAGCACUCCAACAAUACUCGACGGAGUUGAUAUGAGUCAGAGCAGUCUGGUGCAGGGUCAUGGCCAAGCUCCCAUUGCCUUCCCCUACCACACCAGAGUGGCAGUUGAGACACAGGAGCACUGGAGAGUCUUGCAGGAAGCUAAGAGGGUGCCCUUUAACCUCUGGAAUGGCAGUACCAUUGUAGCCUGGGUCUCCACUGGACUAGGGAUGUCGCAGUAUGUGUCUGCGGUGAGGGAGCACAUCACCACCGGCAACGCUCUCCUUGCUCUCUCUGACUCUGACAUGGACAAGAAACUGGGUGUGUCCAAUCCUCUGCAUCGCAGGAAACUCCGCCUAGCGAUAGAGGAGUGUAGAAGACCUGACAGAGUGAGAUACCCUCUAGCUGGUAGGAUUGACUGUGGCUGGCUAGCUGAGGUCUGGAUCAGCGACAUCGGCCUGCCCCAACACUCCGACCUCAUCACUACACACCUUGUGGACGGGAGGGUGCUGGAAUCGCUGACAAAGGACGAUCUGAAGAAAUAUUUCAAAUUUAAGAAAUUUGAGGUGAUGAGUUUCCUGAGUGGUGUGGAGCUCCUGCGGAUGCAUGACUACAACAGAGAGAUGAUAGAGGAGGUGAGAGCCAGCCAGCAGAGAAGGUCGUCUCCACAGAACCCUCUCUACUGGACUAAUAGAGACGUGGGCGACUGGAUACGAGAUAUUCAGCUAGUGGACUAUGCCACCAACCUACUCCAGACGGGAGUGCACGGUGCCAUGCUGUUCCUGGAGAAAGACAAGUUCUCCUCAGACCAACUGGGACAGGUCCUCCAGCUGCCCAGCGGGAAACAUGUUGCUAGGAAACACCUCGCACAACAGAUGGCCCGCCUAUUCCGCGACGAGGGAACCGAGUGAGUUGCCUAGCAACCUGAGAUUUGCAUUCCUCAGUUACAAUGGUUCACCCCUCCCUCCACCUCCCCCCAGGAACCUCUACAUGUCACAGCAAAAUUCGAUGAUAUCAUUCCAGUCUAACAUGGGAGGGAAUUCCCCCCUCUCCCCGCCAUUCUCGGGGUCUCUGUACCGUGCCGGUUCCUCGCCGUCUCUGAACCAGACCGGCUCUCCGACUGAAAGGCUGUCCCUGGAGGACAGGAUCAGACACAGCCUCAGAGUACGACUGGAUCUUGUCUCUUUCCAUACUCUCUCCGCCCUCCCAGCUUGCACUCUAUGUUCCAUAAUUUCAAGCCAUAAUGUUUGAUUUCGUCACUUUUUCACAGGCAGAUACUUUUGAAUAAUUAUAUCUGAAAACCGUGCACUUGUAUACCACUUAUUGUUUGAUUUUCUCUCCCUCCCUCCGCCUACUGCAGGAAUCAGCCCUUCGCUCAGUAAUGUUGUCUCCACGCACACCAUCCCCCUCCUCCUCCCCCACCUCCCAGUUCUCACACCCUCCCUCCCCUCACCUCCCCUCCGCACCCUCUCCCCUCACCCAAACCAAAGCUAGCAGCACCACUGUGUGAUAUUUCUUUAUACCUCCAAAACCCACUCAAUUGAAUAACUAUCAAAUUAUAUUAGACCAAUCAUAUUUUAUUGCAGCCAUAUAAUUGUAUCACCUACUGGCUCAUGUAAUGUUUAUCAAAACUGUAUGAUGAAAGCAAUGCUGAAAAAGUUGUACCUGGCCUCAAUCCUCGCGUGCUGUGAUAAUGUGCCUACAGUGUCCAGUGUGUCAGAUAGGAAUGCAGAGGAAAAAUGUGCACUUGUGAAAGUACGUAGCAGAGUUAAAAAACAUGG